CAGACAGGAAGCCGGAAACGGAAGUCAUUUCGCGGCAAUUUCCGGGAGAAGUCGCCAUGGCUUCGCGGGAAGAGGUACUUACCCUGCAAGCUGCAGUUGCCCAACGUGAGGAGGAGCUGAAUUCCCUGAAGCAGAGGCUGGCGGCGGCUCUUUUGGCGGAGCAAGAACCGGAGCCAGAGCGGCGAGUUCCUGUGUCGCCGCUGCCGCCGAAGGCCGCCUUGUCCCGAGACGAAAUUCUGCGCUAUAGCCGGCAGCUAGUGCUGCCAGAGCUGGGCGUGCGGGGACAGCUACGCCUGGCUGCCGCGUCUGUCCUAAUCGUGGGCUGCGGUGGGCUUGGCUGCCCGCUGGCGCAGUACUUGGCAGCAGCCGGCGUGGGCCGCCUUGGCCUUGUGGACUACGACGUCAUAGAGCUAAGCAACCUGGCUCGCCAAGUGCUACAUGAGGAAGCACUGGCUGGCCAGGCCAAAGCCUUUUCGGCGGCCGCCUCUCUGCGCCGCCUCAAUUCGGAAGUAGAGUGCGUGCCCUACGCCCAGGCCUUGAGCCCAGGCACGGCGCUGGACCUGGUCCGCCGCUAUGACGUGGUGGCCGACUGCUCUGACAACGUCCCCACCCGCUAUCUGGUUAAUGACGCCUGUGUGCUGGCCGGCCGGCCUCUCGUGUCGGCCAGCGCCCUACGCUUCGAGGGCCAGAUUACAGUUUACCACUACGACGGCGGGCCUUGCUAUCGCUGCGUAUUUCCCCAACCUCCCCCGGCGGAGACCGUGACCAAUUGCGCCGAUGGCGGGGUGCUCGGUGUCGUAACUGGGGUUCUGGGCUGCCUGCAGGCUCUGGAGGUGCUGAAGAUCGCUGCGGGCCUGGGUCCCUCUUACAGUGGAAGCCUGUUGCUCUUUGACGCCCUCAGAGGGCAUUUCCGCUCUAUUCGGCUGCGGGGGCGCAGGUCUGACUGCGCGGCUUGCGGGGAGCGGCCCACUGUGGCUGAUCUGCAGGACUACGAGGCCUUCUGUGGCUCCUCGGCUACGGAUAAGUGCCGCUCCCUGCGGUUACUGAGCCCCGAGGAGCGGAUUUCUGUCACCGACUAUAAGCAGCUUCUGGAUUCAGGGGCACCCCACCUGUUGCUGGAUGUAAGGCCUCAAGUGGAGGUGGACAUCUGUCGUUUGCCGCAUGCCCUCCAUAUCCCUUUGAAACAUUUGGAACGAAAGGAUAGGGAGAGCCUAAAACUCUUAAGAGAAGCCAUUGAGGAAGGGAAUCGAGGCACGCAGGAGGGGGCUGCCUACGUUUAUGUGAUUUGCAAACUGGGAAACGACUCCCAAAAAGCCGUAAGGAUCUUACAGUCUCUGACAGCAGCCCAGGAGUUAGGUUCUCUAACAGUUCGGGAUGUUGUAGGGGGCCUCAUGGCCUGGGCCUCCAAAAUCGAUGAGACAUUUCCACAGUACUGAGGUGCCUGGUAUGGUCCGUGUGGAUUGCUGUAAUACCUCCAAGAUAUAUUUAUUUGCGUUUUUCUCAAAACUGUAACGAAGAGCUUGGGAUUCCACAGUAACUGAGAAUAUAUGGGAUCUUUUUUAUGAGGAACUUUUUGAUUGUAGUGUAUCAGAGGACUUACAAAUGGAGUAUAAUACAGUACCUGAGAACCAGCUUGUGUCUUCAUCACUCACAGAGUGUCUUAGAAAUGUAAGAUACAACACGAAAGGAUUUUACGUUUUAAACUACACAUCAUUUAUCUCUUUUUGGUUUCAUUGAGAGAGAUUCUCACUCUGUAGUUCAGGCUGGCCUUGAACUCACUGUGUAGCCCAGGCUAGUCUCCAGCUCAGGCAAUUCUCCUGCCUCAGCCUCCUGACUGCUGUAAUUAUAGGCAUGUGCCACCAUGCCUAACUUGUCUUCUUUAAUUUCCACUUUCCCCAAUUAAAAAGCUCACUACAUUGUCCAUUUUAUACUUGGAAUUCAGAUGUAGUAAGCGUAGCAUUACUGAAUUGAUUACAGAUUAUAUACUUAGGGUCAGUUUGUUGUUAAGUGAGGUAUUUUCUGGUUCUUACUUGGACUGCAAAUGAGAAUAUAUCCUACAGAAAUAAAUGUGUCAUAUGUAAACUGUUUUAAUCAUCUAGGAAGUGGUCAUUGUAUUAAAUAUUUUGAAUGAAUAUAAAUGUGAAAUCCUUACAGGUUAGUAAAAUAAACUGUCUUUGUAGUCAUCAGUUGCUAAUACUGAAGUUUCAUGUUGUACAAAUACAUUUCCUAAACUGUAUACUGGUGUUUAACAAUCAAAUUCAAAAUUAAAAUGGUCACGGCCUUUAAGUGUGAAA